GUGAACACCAUUUUACGCACAGCGUAUCGGACUUCAGCAAGGAUGCGCUACGCUGUCUACAUUUUAUGUCAGCUGGAUUUGAAGGCUCUUUUCGACGCACCGCGCGGGGACACUCGUCAGCUGGCUAGUGCAUGACAGAGAAGACACUGCAUCGAUAAGAUAAGUGAAUGUCUGUUGCUGGAUGGGCUUCAUGGAUGACGUCAGCACGAGACAAGGCAAGCAAACAAAGCAGGAGGGAGCAGGAGUCAAUGUAGGUAGGGUAGGGAACGAUAAUGAUAUCAACACACACAUGCACGCAGCCCAGCACGGCACGACACAGCGUGGCCCAGCAGAUCAGAUCAUCAAUCAUCUGUUCUUGUCUCUGGGGGAGGGAGGUGACGACAAGGCCACGAACUGGAAACAAAAUACACAAAGUCGGACACGCGAGUACAUCUGCGCGGGGGGCAGCGACGGACCCCCGCCAGAAGAAUAACCCGCCCCGACACGCCUCCGCCUUGGCCGCGGCGUCUCCUCGUCGUCGUCCCGUAGGGCCGUUGACGGCUCAUCCUUAUCUCUCAGCCACCCCCUCUCCCUCUCCCCGCUGUACUCCUCUGCCCGCCAUCUGUCGCGCAGACGCCUCACCGUCGCGUGUGUGACAACUCCAGGCAGGUUGUCAACCACAUAGUCCAUCUCACACAACCUAACACACCACACCACCAUCGCGGCCAUGCCUCGCGGCUUUCCAUGUCUUUCGCUGUGUGUGUAGUGUAUUGUUUACCCGCACUUGGCCCGCUUAAUGCCGAAGAUCUGCUGCUGCUUUCGUUGGUCGGCCUCCGUCUCAACAUCAGCGGGCCUGGACGAGGGCACUCCCGCACUCUUGGUGCGCCGCUCUGCCUUGUCCUUGAGGCUCUUCAUGCGACUUCUCUGGAGGUCGGUGCGCUCUGCUGACGGUGAGGGUGGCAUGGAGCAAGGCGCGGUGGGCUGUGAGGGGCGGAGGGUGCGGGGGCUGGCCGCCAAAUCCUCCAAAGGUUUGAGGACCGACGAGUCCUCUGCGAACUUUCGCGCUGCCUUGUAGCGAUUGUGCACAUACAUCUUCUCCUCCUGUCUGUCCAAUACCUGCUUGAUGCAUGGAAGACCCACAUCGCAUUUAUGGGCAAGUGCCUGUCUCACGUGUGUGUCUUUGGUGUCUGUCUCGCUACUGACCAUCUUCACUUUAGCGUAGAGUGCGUCGGCUUGGCUUUGUUCAUUUCUGAAGGCAGCGGUGUCCAGCUGUAGCUGCUGCAGCUUCCAGUUCUUCUCUUGCAACUGAUACACACGCACACACAGACACAAACAGAGACAGACACGACACCAUCAUCUUCCGAUCGCCCUCCCUCCGUGUGUCCGCUCCGAGCGCGCCUCACGUUCUUUUCUCUCUCUUUGUGCUGCUCAUUAAGCUGCCCCUCACGCUGCUUCAGAUGUUCAAAUCUCGCGGCGUCCCUCUGCUCCCCCCUGGCCAGCAAAUCCUCCUUCCUCUGCUGCAUCCACUGCUCCGCCCGAGCGAUGUUCUCAUCAUACCUCUCCAGCAGCCGCCUCCCCCGCGCAACAGCCUCCUCUCGGUGCUCUCUCUGCGUCUCAUGGGCCCGCAGCUGCGCCAGGAGGCUCUUCUGGCUGAGGUCUACCUGCAAGGCGGCGAUCGUCUGCUUCCGCGUCUUCUGUGCGAUAUCCGAUUGUGCGAGAGAUUUGGCCAGGUCGUCCAGCUUCUUCUUGCUCUCGUCCUUGGCCAGGCUCUUCCGGCUCUGUGUGGCGGAGCUCUUGCGCAGCUCGGCGGCCUCCGAUCGGGCGGUGAGCUCCUGUCUCCUCUCGUCCCUCUUCUCUUGGCGGCGCCUGACGAUGGCCUCUGACCGCUCCCGCAUCUGGUGGUCCUUGUCCAUCCGCCGCUGGUGCCAGUACUCCCUUUGCGCCUCCCUCUUCUGCUGCAGCUCCCUCUCACGGUCGUUCCGCCGGAUGGCCCGGGCCUCCUGGAUAACCAGCCGCCUGAACUCGGCCUCUUGCUCUAUCUUCCUCUGCUCUAGCAGGGACGCCUGGAUGCACUCCCUCUCCCUCUUGAUCUCCCGCUGGAGCAGCGCGUCCCCAGCCCGCUUGUUGGCCUGCCGCCUCUGUCUGGCCUCGUACGCCUCGGCAGACCGCUGCUUGAGCCUUUCUUGCGAUUCUUCAAGCCGCCUGGUCUUGUCCAACUCAUAACGGGCGCUCAGCUCGGCCGCGGUCGACGCCACCUCGGCCUUCUGGAGCAGAUGGCGCUGCAGAGAGGCCGAUAUACGGAGCAUGGUCUUGGCCGGGUUGGGUCUGCAUGGCACCAGGGAUGUGGUGAUGGCGUCGGUGUCUUCGCCGUGGUGGGGGAUGGAGGGGGCCUCAGCCAUCUGACAAAAGGAAGGGACGACAACAGCGAAAUCGACGGAAACAAACGAG